AGCGUCGCUCUCACCGCAUUCAAAAUUUCAUCCAAUUUCACCUUCGCCGUAUCGCACCAUGUUUCGCUCUUCAAGUUGGCUUUCCAAUUCGACUGCAACUGCUUCUGAGAAUAGCUACAGAGCCCCCAGUUGUUGUGGCGGCAGUCGGGAUCGCACCCCAUCCGAGGUCAUGGCUCGCAAAUCUCGUACUGUUAGCUGGGCCAGUGAUUUGGAUACGGUCAUCAAGUGCCCUGGUGGCGAUCCUCCACUUUUUGAAGGUUUGUUGUGGAAGGAGAGCUUGCAUUUGAAGCGUUGGAGCUUGCGCUGGUGUGUUAUACCAGCGGAUAAGGCGGCCAUCCUUUGUUACGUUCGGAAGGGCGAUCGGAACCCUUCUGAGAUACUUGAGCUCAAUAGAAAUAUGAAGGUAACAGUAUUUGCAGAUGGUAAAAGCUGGGCGGUUGAGGUUGGCAAACGUGCACUGUGUUUUGAUCUACAGUGUAACACGCCCGGUGGUUGUCAUCAUGUCUCAACUUUUAUGCGCGCUGUUGGAGCGGCAAUUGGUGAUAAUGAGAUUGGGGUAGACUAUAACAUUGACGUCGACUAUCUUUAUAAGACUAGAUCAACAAGUCUUCACAAGCUGCCUAAGAAGCCGUCUCUUGUCCAUCGUUGUGAAUGCCCUCGUUAUUUUUGUUGAACGAGGCGUUCUAUAUUAUCUAGUGGAGGAGAAGGAGGAGGAAGUGUGUGAACGAUACAUGUUCAUACAACAGAGGUCACUAUUGUUGAUGCUUGUAUUCAUGUCGCUCUCGUCUGUUUUUGGUAGCCUUAUUAAUGGUAUGAAAGAGUAUACUACUUUGGUACACUAGCAAGCUGUCUCUACAUGUGUUACCAUCCAGUUUAGUAGUAUGUAUCAUUCUUCAUCACACUCAUCAUAGCAGUGGUGAUCAAUAUAUUCAGUGCAGCUAUC